UUUUCAUACGUUUCCCAGAGAAAAUUGCAGAGAUAUUGAUGGCCAUUUUUUCCAGAUUUCCAGAGGAAGCACUUUAACCUCAACUACUCAGGUAAAAAUGACUUCUUUCCACGAUGCGCAAGGAUUCCGGGGUAACCAAGAUGAAGAGGAGGAUGUGGAUGUGAUAUCCGUAGAGCCUAUCGCGAUGGUAGUGCCGCCGGAGUUGCAGGAUUCGCCGAGAACCGCCGCGCCUGGGAGCGACGCCAGUUCGAGCGUAAGUGGUGGUUCUGAGGGCCAUCAGCCUUCAACCUCCAGUGAUUCGUCAACAGAAGAGACUCCUAGUGGGGCGGAGGGCGUUGAGGAGGUAGGCUGCAGUGCACCGGUGACAAGUGCAGCAACAGAGGUGGUGGUGUUCGAAGGGUGGGAAAGCAAGGUUCUCGGCGGAAGGUUGGACAACCUUCGCAAGGCUCCGAAGACUCUGCCGGCCGGCUUCAAGUUCAGGGCGGUGCUUCAUCACGAGGUCGCUGACGGUGCGGCCACGGUGAAGGGGUACAAGAAGCUGGAAGAAAUGGUGAGGCGAUUCCAAAUCCCCAGGACCAUCCUGAUCCGAGCUGGGACGCCAAAUGAACGGGCGUGUUCAGUGUCACGGACGGGCUGGGUGCCAGUAUACGUAGACCAUUUUGACGCCGGUCUACGUUUUCCUCUGCCCGGACUAAUUUUUGACGUCCUGGCAGACUACGAGCUGGCCCUUUCGCAACUUACUCCCAACAGCAUAAAGUUCAUCAUAGGCUUUAUGCUGUUGUGCGAAAGGCUGGGGAUGCCUGCCAAAGCGGUGGUCUUCAGGUCGCUCUUCCUGUGUCGUUUGUGCCCGUCUACGAGUGGGACGAGGUGGUACUACAUCUCAGGAAGAGAGAAGAUGAUGAUCUUCACCAACAUUAGGAAUAAGGUAGCGAGAUGGAAGAGGCAGUUCGUCUUUGUGCGCGAUACACGAACUGAAAGGAUGAAUAACGAGCUCGCCGCCCGUCUGUCUGAGUGGCGUACGCCGAACACGUACAUGAACUACCCUCAGCUAACAGUUGGUGAUACCGACCUGAAGAACCGGCUGCUCGAUCACGUGAAGGCGAGGGGUUUAGUGGAUCUGGAAGCCUUGGUUACCCCGGAGCAGAUCGCACUUCACGGAUUUGUCGACGUGACAAAUCUAUACACUCAAGGAGUCAUGAGCAGCAUAUUGGAGAGACAACGCCAGAGAGCGCAAAGCUCACGGGGCCGGGGAGCUGGGUCCGGCUUCCAGCGUCAGUCGCGCUUUGACGAGCGACCCCCUGCUGCACUAGGGCGUAGCUCGCAGCAUCGAAGUUCGAGCUCAGCGCAGAGGCCACGCGUUGAGCAGAGAGUGGAGCCCGCGCCCUCCAGUUCUAGAAGGCGCACAAGGGAGGACUCUGACACCGAGGACAACAUUCCACUCAUCCGGCGAAGGACGAGCAAUGACUCUCAGCCUGCUCCAACCGCUGCUGCGCGACCUGCCGGUGCGCACCAAGCGCUAGCUCGCGAGGUUGCUGAAGCCGGACCAACCUCGUCAUCCGUUGUGGGGCCAAGGUUUGCAUACCCGGACGGCUUCAGUUAUGCCCGAACUGAGUGCCAGGCUGCUAUGCUGCAGGGUAUGCAAAACUUUGUGCCCCCUGCAGACCGGCUGCGCGCGAAGGGGCACGUUCAGCAGCAUGGUGGACAUGCUGCUUUAAUCAAGUUGAUGGAUGCAUUCAGCUAUACUAUCGCACUCUUCGAGUGCGAGCAGGGAGCCCGGGUGCAAAACAGCGAGCUCCAACAGAGCUGUAAACAACUGGCCUCUGAGAAAGCUAGUUUGGCUGAUGAGGUCAGUCGUUUACAGGGCUCGGAGAUGGCUAACCGAGCGGCGUCAGCAGAGAGCCGAGCGGACGAGUUGGCCCGUAAGGUUAACGAGCUGAAUGAGGAGCUCGUGAGGGCUCAGGUGGAGAAAGAGAGUGGCAUCCAAGCUGCCAAGGAGGAGCUCGGCCGUGCAGAGGAACGCGCCCAGAAAGCGGAGUCUGACAGGGAGAAGGCUCUGCACGAGCUGAGCUCCCUGAGGGAGAGGGUGGUGCAGGCCGACCAGCAUGUCGCCCAAGCUGAGGCGUCCUUGGAAAGCACUAAGAGGGCCCACCAGCGCGACGUCUGCUUUGCUCGCGCACAGGGGGUUGAAUGGCUGGUGGGAGCAGAGAUGUUCCAGGACGCCGUUGCAGUUGCUUCUGCUAACACCACCACGGACAUUUUCAACGAGGUUCGUGGGAAGGUGCUGCAAGUGCGGGCUGAUUUCCCCAUCGGCGAGCUGGCUUUCUUUGAGGGCGAGGAGAUUAACGAAGAAGGAAAGAGCCUAGCCCAGCCAGCGGACACCCGGUGAGGCUGAGAUGGGAGUUGAACGAGGAGGGUCUGCCCGUGUGGCCCCCUUCUGUGAUCGAAGAGGGGGAAGACACAGAGGGGUUGCCAAGUUUUGAUGCUUGGGUGGCGAACCCCCAUGAUGUGCACGCUGAGCCUUCCAGCA